CUUGUUUCAAAAAUUUCAGAUUGUUUGAAUUAAAGAUUUAAUUUGCUGAACUGAUUGUGAACGCUCACUAAGAAAGCGUUCAGUUGCACGUGCGACUAACAUGAGACCAGAAUAUAUAGGUUAAAUAAGACAAUUAGAAUUUGUAGAUUAUUCAUUAAGGUUUUGUCUAUUUGACUGUAUUCACAUUAGAUUAUUGUAAACAAAAUGGUGGUAUUCACUUGUAAUAAUGUGGUGAAUGAACGUUACAAAACCAAAGGUAGCAAGCAUUACGAAUUUCAUUGCCGUAGAACACCCUUCGUAUCAUGCGUUGAUUGUUUUAAAGAUUUUCGAGGUGAGGAAUACGUAGCACACACGAAAUGUGUAACUGAAGCUGAACGAUAUGGAGGAAAGGACUAUGUUCCAAAACCUGGAGCAAACAAAGGUGAACGAAAGCAACAAGAAUGGAUUAAUCUAGUAAAUAAUAUGUUAAAUAGCGAAACAGAUUUUACAAGCGCGGAACGAAACUUUUUAAAUGUUUUGGCAAAGUAUGAUAACAUUCCCCGAAAGAAGGCCAAAUUUUGGAACUUUGUAAAAAAUAUUAUGGGAAAUAGAACAAACGCAGCAAUAAUUGAUAGUGUAUGGGAUAAAAUGCAAACAGCUUAUCAGAAUGAUAUGCAAAAAACAACAAAACAAGAAAAUGGUAAGGUCACUGAGAAAGUAGAUGACAAGAAAGAUGAGGAUAUACACCAGGAGAAUAAUGUCAUUGAAAAUCAAAACAAUGAAAAUAUUUGCAAAGAAAAUCAAGCUAAUGGUCAACCAAAUCAGAGUAAUGGAUUACAUGAUAAUGACAAUACUGCUACUAGUAUUAAGAAGAAAAAAUCAAAGAAAAGAAAAGUAUCUGAAAUAAUGCAAGAACAAACAGAAGAGCCAGUUUCUAAGAAGAAAGCAAAUAUUCUACAGAAGAAACAGAGGGAAAGUAAAACUGGAUUACUUUCGGUACCACCAGUUAUCAGUGUAAUAAGGGAAUUGAAACUUCAAACCCUUCAACUGGAAGAUACUAUUUUAGACUAUAGUAAAAGUAAAGAAGAAAUUCCUUAAGAAAAUUACAGAAGAAGGUGACUUUCACAAUACAUGAAAUUUUGUUCAGAUGCAGUAACACAAGAAAAGGCAUCUAGCAAGUUUAAUAAAAAACUAAAGAAAGUGUCGGAAGUAGUAAUUUCUGAUGAAAAAGUAAGACUAGCAUAAUAGUAUUAGUAAAUAUAAUUACUAUUAUCAUAAAGUAAUGAUUACAUUUAAGUACAAGUUUUAAAAACUAAAUUUAUUGUUUUCUUUUUCAACGAGAUGAAUCAUAAAAAUUGUUGACAAUAUCACAGAAUUUACCUAAGAUUAAUAAUUUAUCACUAAAUAAAUAUGAAAUACAAAAUGUAAUAGUAAUAGUAAACACCUCAGCAAUUAUUAAUAUAAGGUUUUAAAAUUGAUUUACAAACAUUUUCCCUAGCAAAUUGUAUUAAGGAUAACAUUUUUUUAUAAGAUUUGUGAAUAAAUGUUUUAAAACUA